AUGGAUACGAAUGAUAUGAGAUUAGGGGAGUUGCAUAUUGCGAAUCCGGACGAUGCGUCGGAGAAGGAGUCGCGGCGGGAGGGCGAUGGAGGGGGGUCUCUCGGGUUAACGCGAUCGCCGUCAUCGUCACUACCACCAACGUCAGAGCAUGUGCCUAUAGUAUCGUCGACUAUUGAGAUAGGACGCGAAGGAGAGGGUGAAGACGAACCGACGCCUCGAGCUGCGCACUUCGCCGCCCAUCUGACGCGAGACGCGGCCAACGAACGGUUUUCGGCUCCACCCAGCGCGACGAGUUCGUUGACGAAUUUUGGGGUUCCUGUGGGUGGAGUGAGUGCGAGUGGGAGCGGGAGUGGCGGAAGUGGUGCGGAUACGAGGAGUGAUUCGAGCGUGAGUGUGCGUAGUGCGACAAGUGCCAGAAAGGAGAACGAGACGGCGAAGGAGGAUUCGCGGGCUGCAGUGAAGGCAACAUUACCUGAUGUUGCGGAUCCGGAUUACUACUCUGCGCCGCCAUCGAGUUCGAGUGCUUACACCAAUGGAGGACCGGUACCGGGGGUUCGGGAACAGAAAAGCACGGCUAUGGGGCUAAGUGUGCCAAACGGUGAACACGACCGCUCACGCGCCCGAGAUUCUUACCACUCAGAACGGAGCUAUCACUCUCACCGUGACGACUCCCACUCACGACCACGAAGUGCAAACCGGCAGUCGAGUCCGGUCAAAGCACGUCACCAUGUUCAGGCGCCGUAUUCCGAUCCUGAAGUACAGCGACGACAGCAGAGGCCACCACCGGCAGACCGUUCACGAUCGCGGCAACCAUCGGGGCAGGAUAUGCCUCGUCCGUUAUCACAAGUGCAGACUAAAAAAUCGCGGGAGGAGGAUUGGGCGGAACGUGGGGCUGCAGUGAUGAAAUCCGCAGAUGGCGCUCGGAUUAUUAAGAAGGGCGUCAAGGACUUUCAGUUUGGUCGGACUUUGGGUGAGGGUUCGUAUUCGACCGUCAUGGCCGCAACAGAUCGCACAACCCUGAAAGAAUACGCCAUCAAAGUCCUCGACAAACGUCACAUCAUCAAAGAAAAGAAAGUCAAGUACGUCAACAUCGAGAAAAACACAUUGAAUCGACUCGGUGACCAUCCCGGAAUUCUGAGGUUAUUCUACACGUUCCAGGAUGAACGGAGUUUGUAUUUCGUAUUGGAUUUGGCCAGUAAUGGAGAGUUGUUGGGGUUCAUCAAGAAAUUGGGGACGUUUGAUGAGGAGUGUACGAGGUAUUACGCAGCACAGGUUCUGGAUGCGGUGGAUUAUAUGCAUUCACGAGGUGUCAUUCAUCGGGAUCUGAAACCCGAGAAUGUUUUGUUGGACGAUAAGAUGAGAAUCAAGAUCGCUGAUUUUGGAACGGCGAAGAUUCUGGAUUUACCCAAGCCGGGUGAGGAGGGCGAGAUAGACGACCGCGCAAACUCAUUCGUGGGAACGGCGGAAUACGUCUCCCCCGAGCUCCUUAGCGACAAAUCGACCUGCCGCUCCAGCGACCUCUGGGCCUUCGGCUGCAUUCUCUACCAACUCCUCGCCGGCCGACCCCCGUUCAAAGCCUCCAACGAAUACCAGAUAUUCCAGAAGAUUGUUAAACUGGAAUACUCGUUCCCACCUUCGUUCCCAGUUGAUGCACGGGAUUUGGUGGAGAGGUGUUUGGUGUUGGAUCCGAGUAAGAGGAUUCGUGCGGACGAAAUCAAGAGUCAUCCGUUCUUUGAGGGGGUGGAGUGGACGAGGGAGGGUGUCUGGAAGAGGAAGGCGCCGAGGUUGAAGCCGUAUCGACCCGAGGUUGUCGCGAAUGGAGGUGGUGGUACGAACGGGAGUCCGGCGGUGAUUAAGCUGAAUGAGGGCCCGCCGGCAGGGAGGGACACGAGUACCCUCCAGCCUCUGGGAAUGCGGAACAACGCACAUGCGAGCUCGACGAUAUCACUACCGCUUAGUCCGAGCUAUGGACCAAGUACGGGUGCGAGCUCGAUGGGAGGCGGGUUACAGGCCCCGUUGACGAAUACGAGUACGGUGACUGCUCCGCCCGCCGGAGUCGUUUCCGGGACGGCAUCCAAAUCGGCGAGUCCAACACUAUGCACACGUAUUGGCAUUCCGGCCGAGAGACCGAAGAGUACGAUGGAUAUCCAGUUCUCGAACCUACUCACGAGUCCGAAUGAGUUCGUGUUGAAGAGUGGACCGGUGCUGGUUCAGUCUUCCUCGCACGCGCCGGCGCCGAACCUUGAUGGACGGAGUAAGUUGGCAAAGUUCUUGAGUUUGGCGAGGAAGAAGCAUAGAGUCCUUCUCGUUACCUCGACUGGACGCGCGUUGUUCCUGGAAGCGGGAGGUGUAGGUGCGAGUCCGAAGAAGGUCGGGGGUGUUGGGAAAGAGAAGGUUAAGACGGAGGUUAUGUUGGGUGGGGUCGGUGUCCGCGUCAGAGUCGGAAUCGGGAAAGAUGCAGAGCAUGUUUUCGUGAUUGAUACGCCUGGGAAGAGUUAUACGGUCGAGAUCAACCAGGGACGAGCGAUGGAUUGGGUCGAUGUGUUGGAAGAGGCACAAAGGAUUAUUGCCGGCGGAAGUUCGGGAAGCGGGUUUGUUGCGAAUAACGAUCAUCAUCGGGGGUCGACCGUCGCGUUUUGA